AAGACUCUCGCAAAAAGAGUGACGCAAGAUCCACGUUAAAGAAAGGCCACUUAAAAUCAUCUUGCCAUUUAUCCUUUCCAGUCGAGUAAGUUCCAAGACGCUUGCAAGAAUCAGUGAUUCACUUGUUAUAAUAUUACUUCAACGGGAAAACCUCAUUUUUCCGGUCAAAAGAAAAGUCCAGAAGAGUGGUGGUAAAAUCAUGGUGGUUUAAAAAGAAGAAUUUAUUACAAUUUUAUUGUAGUUCUUCUCACGUAGUUCAAGUUUAACAUUCGAACGGAAAUCAUCUUUUAGCGAAUCAACUUGUUCCACUUUAACGAGAUCACGUUAACAAAAAUGUAUUGUAAAACUUUAAUUCUUCUUUUCUGCCUUUGUUUGAUGAUGAUCGUAACAUCAGGACAACUUUCCAGUAAAUCUGGAUUCUGUCCAUUAAAAAGCACCAUCGACAAGUGCAUGCCUAGAUGUGUCAGCGAUUAUCAAUGCUCAGGUAAUCAAAAAUGUUGUCCUAACAAAUGUGGUUCUACGUCAUGUGUAUCCUCGAGUGCUGUUAAUACUGGUAAUGGUUACAAAGGCUCAUCAAAUAGUGGUGUCGUUACAUGUGCUGGCGUAACAUGCAGAAAUCAAGAAAAAUGUCAAUUCGAUCGUAAUACUAAACGAGAAAAGUGUGUUCGAGGAUAAAAAAUUUCCAUAAACAUUAUUUCUUACUUUUAUACAUAUUUUUAUAUAAUUCAACUAUUAUGAUAAAUUUUAAACUAAACCUAUUGUGUAAUUUUUAAAGAUAUUAUAAUAUUUACUCCGAUAUUUUAAGUUACAGUUAAUAAUUAUUACGAAGAAUCUUAUCGGUUAUCAACGAAAGAUUACAAAAUAAAAUGCAAGUAAUAUUUAUGAAAAACCUUAAAUUAAAAGGAAAUAGUUUUGUUAUGUCAUUUCUUAAUUUGAAAAUCAUACGGAACUAUAAAAUUUUAACGUGACUUUAUUUACUAUAUUUUACAUGUAUAAAAAUCUGUAUAUGAUUACUAGUAGAAUUAAAUAAG